AGCACCGGAAUUUUCGAUCAAAACAGUGACGUGUCUUCUUGUUCCAUUUAAAUUUUCUAUUUUCCACUAUCAUUACGGACAAAAUAAAUCGCAAAUAUUUAUUUGCAUGUACAUUUAAAUGUGUGAUAAAUUAAAUAAACACACUGCUACAUGACAUAUAAAUAACACGUAUAAAUAUAUAUACUUCUAUGCUGAUUGUAACCUAACCUUAAAAGUCAAUAUGUCACAAAUGUCAAAAAUGACAAUUAUUAAUGAAAAUUUUUUCAAAUCUCGUUAAAUUAUAUAAUACAAUUGCAAAAAAAAAAUGUGAUACAUGAUAAAUUCUCCCUAGUGAUAUAGUUAUUCGAAAAAAAAUGGGUCCAAAUCCAGAAGAGAAAAUGACAGAGGAAUCAAUUUUGUACGAACUUUUAGAAUAUUUCGUUAAAAAACAAGAACCAGAAGUAAUUAAAUGUAAAAACGAUGGGGUUAUUUUGCCAACAGGAACAAUAAAAAAUGCUCUACGAUAUUUAAAUAAUAGAUAUUCUUUGCCAGAAAGUAUAUCACAACAAAUUAGUUUCACUCUAUCUUGGAAAUUUGCUAUUGGCGAUAAUGGAAGAAUUUUAGCAAUUUUACAAGAAACUAUAAUAGAAAUAAGAAAAUUAAAGGAUGAAUAUUUAUCAGUCACUGGAAAAAUAUCCGUGCCAAAAGAUGCAUUUCCUCAAUGGCGAAAAAUUACUUGGAGUCCCGAUGGACAAUUUUUAGUUUUAGCCUCAAGCAAUGGUCAUUUAUCAUUUUACAAUUCAAUGGGGAACAAUAUUUUUAAUAUUAAUCCAAAAACAGAUUCGUCAAGUCCUGAUAUUUUAGAAGCGGGCGAUUCAAUAGCUUCGACAAUAUUUAAAAAACCAAGAAUUCAAAGUGAUAUUUGGGAAUAUGAAUUUAUCAGUAUCUCCUAUAGUGGUCUCUUAAAAUCAUAUUAUAUAUCCUCGUCAAAUAAUUUUGAAGCUAAUCAUGAAUUUUCAUUUGGAAAUUUUUAUAGAAAUGGCCUCAAUGCAGUUGUUUAUAGCGAAAAAUAUGAUCUUUUAUUUGUCGCUGGUAAUACGAUUAAUCGCAAUUUAACAUGUACAGCUUUAGAAGUUGGAUUAUCGUCCUGGCGUUUUUUAAAUGAUCAUCCUUACUAUAAAUUAUCGUUUUCUUUUGAAGAACAAACACUUAUAAAACCUGCAUUUUCAAUUUGGAAUUAUAUGCCUUCAAUUAGAAAUCAAGCACAAUCGAUAAUAUUUAAGUUAAGUAUUUCUCCUACUAGUCAACAUUUGGCAUGUCUACACACUGAUGGUUGUAUUACACUUUGGAAUUUGCCUACUCUCAAACUUGAAAAUAUGUGGAAACUAAAUGAACAGCCGGAAUAUAAUUUAACAAAUCCUUUAGAUACGAUUAAAUUCAAGAAAUUUCCCCCUGGUCUUUCAGAAUUUCAUCCAAUGGAUUUAGGCUGGUGGUCAAAUCAGACUAUUAUCGUCGCAAGAUAUUCAGGUUCAGUUUCUGUUUGUUCAAUAAAAAAUUUGAAAAAUCUCUUGGGAACGAGUCCUGAAUUUUUGUAUGGACAACCACAAAUUUCCGAAUUAAACGCUGGUCGUGGAUUUUUGUGCUUAGACUGUGAAGUAUUUAUAACGAGCACAAAAAGAAGUCGUGAAUCGUCAAUUGGUGGACAAUCAGACGUAUCGUCGGAUAGUGAAAAGGAUGACUACGAAUCAGAGUCGAAUACAAUUUUAAAUUACACAACUCGUUUAGUUCAAAAUACACUCUAUUCAAUGACUGACAUUGAGAAAUUUCAGCCAAAAAGAAAAAAAUCGAAAAUCUUUCACAAAACUUAUAGAAUUUUGGGAAUUAAAAGUACAACACCCGAGGAAUUAUAUUCGAGAAAAAUUGAAAAUGAGGAUUAUGAAGAAGCAUUGUCUCUAGCGAAAACUUACAAUUUGGAUACAGAUCUUGUUUAUCAAACUCAAUGGAGAAAAUCAGAAUUUUCUCUAAAAGCAAUUGCAGAUCAUUUAGCGAAAGUUAGCAAGAGAUCGUGGGUUUUAAAUGAAUGUAAAACACGAGUUCCAGAUAAUAUUGAAGCCGCCAGGGAAUUACUUAAAUUUGGUUUACGAGGUGCAAAUUUAGGGACUUUAAUCGCUAUCAACGAUGACGAUGAUGAUGGAAAAUUCAAAUCUAUUGAAACUGAUGAGGACGAUAUCAAUUUUGAUGAUAGUCAUUCUUUAGAACAGGUUCAAAAAAUAAACAAAUAUUUAGAGCAAGUGGAUAUUGAAAAUUUUUCGGAAUCUCAAAAAGAACUCAUAAGUAUUCGAAAAAAGCUUUUGGAUCUUUUAGAUAAAUUAACGACCUAUGAACAUAUUCUUGAUUCACAUCAGGAAUAUGAUAAAGAGUUCUAUGAAGAAUUUCGUCAACUUUCACCUUUAGAAAAUGCAAUUGGAUUCGCUAAGGAAUGUAAUUGUAAAGGAGUUGAAGUUAUGUUUACUUAUUAUGGAUCACAAUUAACGCCCCAUUGGCUUGCAAUUUUGAGUUUUUUCCCUGAAACUUUUAGUCCAUUCUCAUAUGAAAAUUUGCUACCAAAAUGUGAUCAAGAAGGCAAAUUAUUUUUACUCUUUCAAAGAAAAUUACGCGAAAUGGAUUGGGUCGAGAGAAGCGAAUUUUCUCAUCUAUUGAAAAUCGAUAACGAUUACGAGACAUCUAUUAUUUAUGAAUUAUAUCCAUCAUUGAUUCCCUACAAAAAUACGGACUUAAGUUCGGGAUUGUUAGAAAAAUGGUACAAAUGGCGAGCUUGUGAAAUUGAAAGAGAAUGUGGAAUAGUUGAUUAUGCUUUGGGAUUAAUAAACAUUGGCAAAGAUAGAAAUAUCUCUGGUUUGGAAAAUUUACUAUUUGAAUUAGAAACAUUAGAUGAUCUCGUUUAUAAAGUACGACUCGAAUUUUUAUCACUAUCUGAAGUAAAAAAAUUGACUGACUUAGAGAAAGUCAAAUUGUUAAUGAGCAAAUCGUCCGAAACAAAUUUUGUUGCUGAUCUCAAGGACAAAGUUUUGCCAUUUAUCAAAAGAAAAGAAAAAUAUUUGAAAAAGCAGAGCAACUCGGAAACAAAUCUUCUUCGUAAUUAUAUGAUCCACAUUAGUAAAGGCGAUUUAAGUUGGCCAGUUACAUUUUUUCAAUACUUGAAAACAACACACGAUUCAGAAAUAAUGGAAAUUAUAAACGAUAUUGUAACUUUAGCUAUUGAAUGCAUUUAUGCUUGCACCAAUAACGAUAUGUAUGAGAAUGCUAAAAAAAUUCACGAAGCUAUUGCAAAACAAGAAUCAGAAGAAUCAGUGAAUUACGAAUUACAGGAAGAAUUGGAAAGAGAAUUAAUAUGUGUAAAAAUUUUAAAUUCAUACGGUGUCAGUGUUCCAUUUAGUUUUAUUAAUGAAAAUAAAGAAAAUCUAGAAGCCAUUAAAUCACUUCUGAUAAAAAUGUCUGAAGGUUUGAAAAAUCGUAUUCCACCGCCUAUCGAAAAAGCUUGGGCUCAUCUUCUAAAUGAUAUGCUCGAGAUGCAGGGAUUAAUUUUCAAAACUUUAGAUGUGGAAGUGUGUUUUGAAAUUUGUCUAUCAGCUCGAUUACGAUCGGGAGUUAAGGCAACAAUUCAAAAUUGUGGUACUCUGAUGGAAGUGAAGAAAAAUGAACAAUCACUAUUAAAAGUUUCUUAUGAGAGGGCAGUAGACUUAAUAUUGAAUGCGAGUAUUGAAUAUUUUAAUAGUGCAAAAAGUCUACACGACACGAAUAUGGAACUGUCAAAAGCUUGUUUACAUCUCAUUACAGAUGAUAAUCCACGAAUCAAAGAAGAAUAUAAUCUUAUUGAUUCGUUAAAAAUCUUGGACGAAUUCAAUACAAAUAUUCUUCCUCUUCAAGUAAGACUUACAAACGAUAAGAUAAAAUUAAUUGAAACAUGUCUAAGGAGUUGGGACACUGCUUAUAAAAAUCGCCAAAAAUUACUAAAUCUCGGGAAAUAUUUGCAUAUUCAUCGAAAUGAUGAAAAAUUAAGAGAAGGAAGAAUUUAUGAAUUAAUUGCACGAAAGGCUCUAGAGGUAAAUGACUACAGUGCAUGUGCUUUCUCAGUGGAAAAAAUGAUAGAUGCCAAUUAUGAACCUGCUUGGAAAAUAGCAAUGAAUUUAGGGAAUAGCGAUAAUUUUGAGGAUCUAAAAUUUAGACGACGAUGUUUAUCUUUCACGUUAAUUCAUGGAACGCCCGAUAUUUUGGAGGACACAAUGAAAUAUUUAAAUUUAUUAGAAAUACAAAUUUUGAAUAAAACCAUACAAGAUUUAAUGCCUGGUGACAAUGAGGAUUGGGAAAACGAUGUUAAAAGUGAUGAUGAAUUCACGGAUGCUGUGACAACACCACAAGUGGAGAACAAGGAAUUUAUUCCAAAUAUUUUGGGAACAUCAACGGAAUUGGUGAUAAAUUCGGCAAAUUUAGUAAAAGAAUCCACUUUUGGAAUAUUAAGGAAUGCAGGGAAUAAAGAUUUUUGGAAGACAGCACUUAGUUUUAAUUUGUCACGAGAAAUUGAAAAUAUUGUUCCUAAUGAUGAAGUGGAGGAAAUUAUUUCUGACAAUGUACAAAGUUUUCCUUGUUUUUAUCAAUCUCUACAUAAAAAUUCCAAAUUAAGUAAAUUUGACACAAAAUAUACAAAAUAUUCAAAUGAAAAUGAAUUUAAUCCCCGAUUAAAAUUGUGUCAAACUUUAUUGAGGGUUUCUUUACUGAGCGAAACAGCCUGUUAUGGUUUGGAAGUCAGUGACGUUAAUCAUCUGUAUCUUGAAUCUGCGGAAAAAGUAAUAAGUGAAGAUUGUUUAUUGGGUUUAGGAUAUUUAAUGAAUAUGAGUGAGAAUUCAAUGAAGGAAAUUGAUGAAAUGUUUGACAAUUUACCAAAUACAGAUUUAAACAAUCAGCUUGCGCUCUAUUUUUUCGCUUUACAACUUUUUAAAAAAAUACAUCCAGAAGAUAAAAAUAUUUUCUUAUACGAUCCACUUGAUUUAAUUUGUUCAAUGACAAAAGUCACAAAAUUUGAAAAUCAUCAAGAAUUAAUAUCGAUACUGCAAAAACGUAUUAAUUUAUAUAAAACAAAAAGUGAAAUCACAAAUCAUUCUCAACAAAUCGACUUAAAAAAAAGAAAUUCCAUUUCCGAUAAUAAAACAUCAGAGAUGGAGCAACAAGAUUUUAAUAAAAAAAAUUCAAUCUUAGAGAAGAAAAAUUCAAAAGAAUUUCAAUUUGAUGAAAAAAAUUCUUCAUCACUAUCUGAUAAAAAAGAUUCAAAGGAAACUAUUGAAAAUAUUCAAUCUGAUGAUCAAACCGAUAUUUGUACUGAAGAUUCAAAAACAUUUAGUCAAAAUUUAACAUAUAAUGUCGAUGACGAAGGUGAUGGAUGGGACGAAUGGGAAAAUGAUGAUUGGGGAGAUUUUCCUGACAUUAAAGAAACCAAAGAUAAUACAAUGGAUGAAAUUCCAAGUUUGCGAAGUGAUACAAUGACAAGUUUAUGUGAAAAUGCAACCGAGGAAGAGCGUUACGAAGUUUUUGAAAAAUUAUUAAAUGAAAUUGAGAAUAAAAGUCAAUAUAUUGAAGUUAAAGAAACAUUAAAACAGUGGCCAGAUUUCAUUGAUCUUGAAAAUAUUUCAGCAGAGAGAAAUCCUAUACUGAGAUUAUUAAAAAAAGUAAUUGAAUUAAUUGAUAAAAAUAAUAUAGAUUGUGAAAUAUUUCAGGAAAUUAAGGAACUCCUAACGGACCAAGAAAUAUCGAAAGACAUACUUAUAACAUUUUUGGACAAUGAAAAAGAAUCAUUAACACUUGAGCAACAAAUUUACAUAAAAUUAUGUUGUACAGAACAAUCUCUUCACGCAGAAACAGUCAAUUUUAUUAAGGAAAACUAUAAGACACUGAAAUUGAUAAAUCCAAUUUUAGAAGAAUUGUUUUUCAAAAAUUUAACUGCGUCAUUCAGUCCGUCACACGAGCUUUAUUAUCAAAUUUUGGAAGAAGUAUUUCUAAAUCGAACCAUACCAGAAAUAGAAAAUAAUAUCAAACUGCUAAUUGACAGGUUAGUGGAGCAAAAAAAUAUUCCACACGCAAUAGCUUUGUUAAAUCAAUUAGAAGGAAUACCGUCAUCAUUAAGCACAUUUGAUACAUGCCUUCAUUUGUUAACAAAAAAAUAAUUUUAUAUAUUUAAUUUCAAUUUAUAAUAGCAUUAAGUAUACCUAUUGUAAAAAAAAGUGGAAUUUUCUCCAACUUUAUCCCGCCAAAUUUUUUUUUUUUUCCAUUAAAAAAGUAAAAUUCUAUUAUAUUUUAAUGUUUAUCGAUUUUUCUUCCAAUAGAAGGUGAAAAAUCUUGUCGUUCUAAUAUUUAUUAAAAAGAAUUGGUGGUAAUUGUGAAAAAGCCAUAAUUCCUCGACAAUAUAUUGUGCAAAAAUAUCGCCAAUAUACAUACAUGUACAUUUUGAGGUUGUGUAUUAUUUGUAUAAAAAUAAACUUUGUUAUAAUUUUA